CAAACUGGAAACUCAUAUCACCGGAAGGAUCCCAACUUCACCAAACAAAAUGUCGUCGGAGACGUCCAAAAUCACGUCGGAGUUAACCACCGCCGCCGAUUACGGCCUUAAUCUCAACGAAACAGAACUUACCUUAGGUUUACCAGGGGAAUCGCGAGGUAGAAAAUUGGGAACAAAACGACGGUUUUCGGAUAUGUUUGAUUUGAAAUUAAGCGGCGAUGAAGAUUACGGAGGUGAUCAAUCAGAUCCGGAAUGCUCCGAUGCCACAAAACCUCCACCGGAAAAGGAACAGGUGGUGGGAUGGCCGCCUGUGAGAUCGUACAGGAAGAACGUGAUGAACAGCAAUUUCAAUUUUGUAAAGGUGGCGGUUGACGGAGCACCGUAUCUGAGAAAAGUAGAUCUCGAAUCGUACGCAGGCUAUCAGCAGCUUCUAUACGCUCUGGAAGACAUAUUCUCCUGUUUCACAAUCGAAAUUGUAUUCAAUGAGAAAAAGUUGAUGGAUCCUGUGAAUCGAAUAGAGUAUAUACCAACGUAUGAGGAUAAAGACGGGGAUUGGAUGCUUGUUGGUGAUGUUCCUUGGAAGAUGUUCAUCGAUACUUGUAAACGAAUAAGGUUGAUGAGAAGCUCAGAAGCCAUUAAUGGACUAGAUCCAAUAACGCCUUCAAAAUGCUCAUUCUCGAGUUGUUGAAGAAUGUUUGAUUCAUUCGAGAUCCAUGCGUGUACAUGAUUUGAAUCUAUUCCAUCUUCCAAAUUUCCCGUAAAAAAUAUCGUUCGAUUUUAAGAUUAACCGAAAGAGAUGUUAGAAACACAUACUUAGGAAUUCGGCAUAUGAUAUGGUCUAUAUACCUAUACGAUAUACCUUAUUUUUUUCUUUUCAAAAAGGCAAUUUUGUGGAUCAUCAUGUCCAAUACAUGAAAAAGGUUGUUCAUUGCAUAAAAAGAGCCUUUUUUUCUUCUCAAUAUUUGAUUGGGAUUUUGGGUCUAUGAAAAAUAUGUUUAUGUAUUCGCAGAGAUUGUUAUAUU